CUAACAAGCACUCCACAAUCACGACAAUAACGAACAAAAUAAUGUCCUCUCCCCCCUCCGUAUCCUCCCCACCAUUCUACCCCCCAGGCUCCCACAAACGCAGAAUCUCGAUAACCGGCUCCUCUUUACCACCGCCCGCCGCCAAAAAGCCCAAGAUCCCUGCACCCCGGAAGCUCUCGACCUUCGCGCAGCCUUCAUUGCACCCACUCCGCCAGACCUCCUUCCCACCAGACCCGCCGCCACCCGGCGCGAAGGAGGACGAAGAAGACGACGAUGCGCGGGAGGAUGAUUACGGAACUUCCACCGUUCUGGCGGAGGGCGCUGCCGGGAAUUUCGGAGGGGAGGAUGACGAGAAGAUCAAGCUCUCUGUCCUCCUAGACUCCUUCGACAGCCAGCAAACACAACGCUAUGAAGCCUUCCGGCGCGCGAAUCUUAACAAAGCCGCCGUCAAAAAGCUUGCCAAUCAGGUCCUCUCGCAGAGCGUCACGGCUGGGGUUGGUACGGCGAUCUGCGGGUUUUCAAAGGUUUUUACGGGAGAGAUUGUGGAGCUUGCGCUGAAGGUCCAAAAGGAGUGGGCAGAUGCGGACGUUGAAGGAGAGGGGAUUGAGAAUAUUCGGAAGAGGACAAAGUCGGAUGGCAGUCUUGGCCCUCUGCUUCCCGAUCACUUGAGGGAGGCCGCGAGAAGGUACAGGCUUGAACUCCGUGGGGCUGUUGGUUUUAGAGGGUCUAUUGGGGGUGGAUGCGGAAAUGCCCUUGGCGCUGGCCCGGGAGCAGGUGGCGAGGGUGCUAUCGGGGGUGUUGGCAGAUUGUUUAGAUGAGUUUCCUACAGCAUCACGUUUUCCCUAGGGAGUUGGGUUUGCUUUUUACUUUUUUUGCUCUCUGGGUCACUUUACCC